CAUCGUCCUCCACACAUGUCUGUUUCUGCAGUUUACUCUCCAACAAAAGCAGAAACAUUUCACUUGCCCACAGAUUCUUUGGUCCAGUGGAAAGCCGAGGGGAAGGUUGCUGUGUGGCUUCGAGUCCCCAUCUCACUGAGCCGGUGUGCAGCCGCGGCCUCGACUCACGGCUUCACGUUCCACCAUGCCCGACAAGACCACGCCGUCCUGGCCCUCUGGCUGGGAGAAGGCCAGAGCAGACUGCCGGAGUUUGCAACUCACCAAGUUGGAGUAGCAGGUGCAGUGGUGGACGAGUCGAAUGGAAAAGUUCUUGUCGUCCAAGACAGAAAUAAGACAAAGAACGCGUGGAAGUUUCCCGGUGGUUUGUCUGAUCCAGGAGAAAAUAUCAGUGCCACUGCAGUACGUGAAGUAUUCGAGGAAACCGGCGUUCGCUCAGAGUUCAGAUCUCUGCUCAGCAUCCGGCAGCAGCACAACCACCCGGGCGCCUUCGGCAUGUCGGACAUGUACAUCAUCUGCCGACUCAGCCCGCUCACCUACGACAUCGACUUCUGCACUCAGGAGUGUCUGCGCUGCGAGUGGCUGGACCUCGCCCAGCUGGCCAAGACCAGUGAGACCACGCCCAUAACGGCUCGCGUGGCCCGGCUCCUGCUUCACGGGCUCGAGCGCGGCUUCGACAACAUCGACCUCGCCAUGGAGGAGCUGCCGGCCGUCUACUCAGGGAUGUUCUACCAGCUGUACCACAGGCAGAUUCCCCAGACACUGAAAUCCUAGCACGCCAUCAGCACACUGGGUCAUCGUGGAUCGUGAUAAGCUAUGUCGACACAUGGUUGUCAGUAUUAAUAAUAUAUAAAGUGUAUUUAUCAAUGGAGCGUUUCACACAACAACUUUUACUGUUGAAGAAAUACGGUGCAAUAGACUGAACUGCAGCACAUUCACUUUGUGCGUUUGAAAGGAUCUGGAUCUCAUACGGUUCAUCUAACACUUGAAGUCCACGUGGGACCUACCUCUCUGUAGCUGUGAUUAUUUUAAAACUCCACUUGUGUUUAUACGUUAUUCUCCUGUGCAAUGAAGCUUCAGGGCUUUUGACACAAAGCUCUUAUUAAACAAGGACAAAUCAGGAAUGUGGUUCCACCAGAAAUCUUUUAGGUGAGUGGAGAAACUUGGAGAAACUAACUUUGCAAGUUCUUCACGAGUUUUGAUUUUGAGUGUGUUUGCUGUGUUUAGGUUUGUCAAAUAAAACUUUAAAUGAA